CAAUUAACUCCUCCUUAUCCAUUUAUCGCCUUCAUUUUCAAACCAAAGCCCACUUCCAAAAUUAAACCUUCUUUCUGCUUUUGCGUUGAAGCGAUUUUCUACCGCAAUUGCACUCGAGUUCGAGUUGAUCGAAAAUAGAGUGGAUUUAUUGCGUGUUUUGGCAAAAUUAUGGCGGAGGAUUCUUCCGAACAAGUAAUGUAUUUGCAUGGAGAUUUAGAUUUACACAUAAUUGAGGCGCGUAGCCUGCCGAACAUGGACUUAGUCUCGGAGAGUCUCCGCCGCUUUUUCACUGCCUGCGACGCCUGCCGCACCACUGAUACCAAAGACGGUGGCGGAAGUAGCCAUCACGAAAGGAAACUUCACCACCGCCGGAAAAUUAUCACCAGCGAUCCGUAUGUCACUGUUUUAGUGCCGCAGGCUACACUCGCCCGCACGCGCGUGCUCCCCAAUUCUCAGAAUCCUAGAUGGAAUGAGAGGUUUUACAUUCCGUUAGCUCAUCCCGUGGAGUUUUUAGAGUUCCGUGUUAAGGAUAAUGAUAUGAUUGGAGCGGAUACAAUAGGAAAAGUAACAAUUCCGGCGGAAAAGAUUGCCUCCGGUGAGAUCAUUUCCGGUUGGUUUCCCCUCAUUGCCUCGUCGAGGAAGCCCCCAAAACCCGAUUCGGCGUUGCGACUUGAGAUGAAGUUCACUCCCUGUGAUAAAAGCCCAUUGUACAAUCACGGCAUUGCGGGCGAUCCGGCGUGCAGAGGGGUCAGAAACACUUAUUUUCCACUCCGCAAAGGGUGCGCUGUAACGCUGUACCAGGAUGCGCACAUUAGUGAUGAAGUUAAAAUGCCUGACAUUAAGUUGGAUGAUGGAUGUGUUCGUGAGCACGCUAAAUGUUGGGAGGACUUAUGCUAUGCUAUCUCGGAGGCACACCACCUGAUAUACGUGGUGGGAUGGUCUGUUUUUCAUAAGAUAAAGUUGGUUAGGGAGCCGACCAGACCGUUGCCUCGAGGUGGAGACUUGACACUUGGUGAAUUGUUGAAGUAUAAGUCUCAGGAAGGGGUUCGAGUUCUAUUGUUGAUAUGGGAUGAUAAGACCUCACAUAAUAAGUUCUUGAUUGAUACGGUAUGGAUCGGUAUGAUGCUCUUAGUAAUCCUUACUUCUUUUAUGUUCUUUUCUAGUUUUGAAGAUAGGUGGAUACUUCUUGACUUUAUGGUAAAUAUUGAUUCUUUUGUCACCAAUUACAUAUCUUGCUUGGUCUUGAAAUCCAUUUCAUCUCGAUCCUUUUCUCUUCCACAGAUAUUCCGGUCCAUAGAUUCAGGGUCAGUUAGAGGCUUUCCCAAAUACUAUGAUGUUGCUCACUCUCAGAACCUUGUCUACUCAAAAAAUCUGGUGAUAGACAAAAGCAUUCAAGUGGCAUAUAUUCAGGCGAUAAGAUCUGCUCAGCAUUUUAUCUAUAUUGAGAAUCAAUACUUUCUUGGAUCAUCGUAUGCUUGGCCAGCAUACAAAGAUGCAGGGGCUGAUCAUCUAAUCCCAAUGGAGUUAGCGCUGAAAAUUGCUAGUAAAAUAAGAGCCAAGGAGAGGUUUGCAGUAUAUGUUGUUAUACCAAUGUGGCCUGAGGGCAACCCCAAAGAUAAUGUUAUGCAAGAAAUUCUUUUUUGGCAGGGCCAGACAAUGCAGAUGAUGUAUCAAGUGGUUGCACAGGAGCUCAAGUCUAUGCAAAUUGUGGACUCACACCCUCUUGACUAUUUGAAUUUCUAUUGCCUUGGGAACCGAGAAGAAAUUCCAGACACGAUUGCUCAGUCCUCAGGAGAUGCUGAUAAGGUUUCAGCCUCGCUAAAAUUCAAGCGAUUUAUGAUAUAUGUGCAUGCCAAAGGAAUGUUGGUGGAUGAUGAGUAUGUGAUAGUAGGAUCUGCCAAUAUAAAUCAAAGAUCUAUGGCCGGCACGAAAGACACGGAGAUAGCAAUGGGUGCGUAUCAGCCCCAUCACACUUGGGCAAAGAAGCAGCAGCCUCCACAUGGCCAGGUUUACGGAUAUAGAAUGUCCCUAUGGGCUGAACACCUUGGGAUGGUUGAAAAAUGUUUUGAGGAGCCAGAGACAAUGGAGUGCGUAAAGAGAGUAAACGAGGUUGCUGAAGAUAAUUGGAAGAGGUACACAGCCGAGGAGUUCACAACAUUGGAAGGCCAUCUUCUCAAGUAUCCUAUAGAAGUGGAUGGUAGUGGAAAUGUAAGUCCAUUACCUGGACAUGAGAAUUUCCCAGAUGUCGGGGGUAGAGUACUCGGGGCUCAGUGCCAUGCCAUUCCCGACGUUUUAACAACAUGAUCUUUGCCCAUUGUGUUUCUGUUGAAUUGUUGUGAAAAUGUUAUACUGUUCAGAAGGACAUGUUUGAUAUAGCCUCUGGUUAUUUUACUUAACAGAAAUGUGAAUUAAAUGUAGAGCAGCAGCAAAAAGGAAAAUAAAAAGAAUAAAGAUUUGUAAUUUAACAUGGUUUGUAAUGUUAGAUUGACCAUAAGAAAUGGUUUGCUUC